GCCUGCGAAGGAACUGGAGCAAAGCGCAGACGGUUGAAAAGUCCCUUUGGAGAGGUUUUGCGCCCUCCUCCUCCUUGUGGUCAAUCCGGGAUCCCGGAGAGCUGCCUCCUCCUCAGCCCACACCUCCCUCCCUGACCCCUCCCCUGCCACCGAGCCCUUAUACAACACUCUCAACGGGAGCAGGCAGCUCCUAGCGCGGUUCCUCUGACCCGGAGAGAAGCAUCUGCCUGUGCCGGGACUGCAAAGCGCACCAUCACCAAGGAUGAAGGCUUCCUUUGCCGCGCUGCUGGCAGUCCUGCUCUGCGUGGAGAGAGUGGCUGCGCUGACCUGCUUCCAGUGUGAAAAUGAGGAAUCCAACUGGAGCUGCUUGAAGCCAAAGACCUGCAACUCCGAAGACAAGCACUGCGUCACAAAGUUUUUCGGAGGAGGCAUCGGUGACAACAACAAGAAGUCCAUCAGCAAAUAUUGCUCUCCCGUGUGCCCCAAAGGAGGCAUCGACAUCGGCAUCAUGGCUUUCUCCCUCGAUUGCUGCGAUUACGAUUUGUGCAACAUAAAUGGGGCUGCCGGCGUGAAAAGCAGCUCCCUCAUCCUGGCUGUGGGCACCUUGGUCAGUCUGCUGUACAUCUUCGGAGCCAAGUUGUAGAUGCGGAAGGCGGGGAGGACUUCCGUAUGUGCUGAGGACACCUUCCCUCCAGGGAGAAACCCAACCUUUCCGCCACGUGCUUUAUAAUGCAUGCCUGUUAACUUUCUUCGCUGCCCAGAGCCGUCUUUCCCCAUUGGUGUCAGUGGUGCGUCGCGCCAGGGGGCCGGCCUCUGAGGGGCGCCCUAGCGAGUGGGGGAGCUGCGCGGCUUUGCCGACAGCCUCCUCUUUCCCUGCACGCCCUCCAGCUGAGCCCCACCAACUAUAUGGCUGGCGGGCGUGCGGCUUCCUUCCCAAGCCUCCGUAGGAGGAGAG